AUGGGCUGGCAAAGGAAAGACUCCCCAUCACCCCAAGCAUCAAAUACUUCCUCCCCCUUCCGCCACUUCAUGCCGUAUCCCACAUGUUCCGAGCGCGAAGUUUCCAACAGUGGGAUGAACUACAUACAUCUCACCCAGACGCUUGUUGAAUCGUUCAACGCCCUUGCCGAUGAAGUCCAAAUCCUGACCGACAGGAAAACAAUCCUGGAGCACAAGCUCAGGUUCGCCCAUGAGCAGUACCAGUAUCUGGCCGACAAACAUGCACCGGCUGCCCCCGAAAUCUCCGAAGUACUGGCAAAGCUACAGUUGCCCCCCGAGCUCGCAAAUCCCUCUCUAGAAGACGCGAAUCCCGUGCCCCUCCCGAAGCGCAGUAAACUGGACACCAGAAACCAGAUUGCCCUCAUAAUCCGAGACGGCCGACGCGUGGCCCAGCAACUCACGUCGAUUGGUGAAACGAGCAAGACCAGCGACUCUAGCAGAGAAACCUCUUCCCGCGAAGCCCAGACCGGAACUUCCAUGUCCACCGUCCUCGAGCAAGAUUUCACUAUCGAGGGAAAGAAGGGGCCUCUGGAAUGUCCCUUCUCCUCACCGAAGGCAGAAGGUGAAGGAGAAAGAGAUGGGCGUAACGGGGAGAAAGAGUCGCAGGACCCCACGCCUCAUCACUCUGCAGACCCUAUUUGCGCUGCCAUGUUCGAAGAGUCCACAUCCCAACCGGCUCCUGGCGCAGCCGACUCUCCCGCGAAGUGCCCGAUACGCUAUUUGGACCAGCACUCUCCCGAAGAAAUCGCACACUACGUCGAAACACACAAGCAUGAACUCCCCCGCAGCCAUGAGGUCUGCGUGCGGAGAUAUCAGAAGAACGAGUUCCAGAUCAAGAAGUUGGAUGCGAAAUACGGCAACUUGGUCAACAUGAUCCAGGGCCUCAGUGCGUUGCAUCAGCCCAUGCUCCCGGAGUCGCAGCAGGAGCAGGAAGAGAUCGACCGAGCCUCGAAUGAGAGGGUGCACAACUGGGCGAAGGCUGUCACUGCGUCCGAGACCGAGGAUGCUGAACAGUCUUUGCCAGAGCCCAUAGAUGUCGAUGAGGCUCGGCAGAGCCAUUUUGACCGCCCACUCAAGGAGGUCCGAGUAGGCGAGUCCCCUAGCCGGCCAUGGGGCAUUUCUGUUCCAAUCUACGAAUCUCACGGUCUUGGCUACGAAGAACGUCCUCUUUCACCGCCACCGGCUCCAGUCUUUAUGCCAUCAGGCUCGGAGGGGCAGGAAACCCCAGCACCCAAGACUGGCAAGUGCCCCUUUGAUCAUAGCAAGAUGGCCGCGAUGGCCGCGGCUCGCGAGGAGGCACAGCCCGCCUCUCCUACACCCGCACCCAACUUCAUGACAAACGGGAUGAGCGAUGACGUAUCGCCGCCAAAAGCCGGAGGCAAAUGCCCCUUCGAUCACACUCAACUGGCUGCCAUGGGUUUCGCGUCACCGACACCGGACACGGGCGAACACACGUUCGUUCAUGCAGAGCCCGUCGCCGUUGAGCUGCCAUCGACACCUGUCAAGCCGCAGGCGACGCAAAGCGCGCCUCCUCAACAACAGCAGCCGACAUUCAUCAAUCCGCCGCUAGACGUGAAUAAGCAGUUCAACUCGAACGGUGUACCACAGAUGGUGUUCACCGGACCGGUCUUCAUCGGUUACCCCAUCGAACAGGCAAUUCAGUUCAUGCAACAAUUCCAGGGCCAGGGGAGGCAAGAGUAG